GACUCUGCUGCCUACGCGCGCUGGGGCCGGGUGCAGAUGGCGGACGCCGAGGCUGACGCGGCCCUGCGGCCGGAGACGCAGCGCUUGGCCGCGGGCCUCCGUUCCCGGCUGGGGCAACUGCAGGCCGAGCUAGGAGAGCGGCGAGCGGACGGGGCCUCCUCCUCCUCCUCGGAGGCUUACUGCCGGGAGUUCUGCCAGAUAUUGCUACAAUAUGCUGGCAAUCGGGGUGCUUCUGAGCACAUUUUGCCUUUUCUGGAAGUUUAUCAAAUCGCCAUUCAAAGCUUUGCCAGUGCCCGACCUUACCUGACUACAGAAUGUGAAGAUGUUCUUCUGGUACUUGGCAGGCUAGUACUGAGUUGUUUUGAAUUACUACUUUCUGUGCCUGAAGGUGAAGAGCAGUCAGAACCAUUGUUAAGGUUGUUUCAGUCCAUACAGGAUUCUCAUAAUGCUCUACUUGAAUUUGGAGAUAAUAGUGUUGAAGUCCUGGCUGAAAUCUGCAAGGAAGGUAUUUGGAAGAAUCCGGUUCUUUUAAAGAUUAUAUCACAGCAACCAGUAGAAGCAGAAGAAGUCAACAAGCUGAUCAAACGAGAAGGACCCACCUUUCUGCAGAUGCGAAUAAAACAUUUAAUGAAGACUAACUGCCUUCUUCAAGCUGCCUCCUUGGCUAAACUGUGUAAAGACUCUGCAGAAAUUUCAGAUACAUCACCUUUUCUCCAAGCCUAUAUCACAUGCUUGUGUUCCAUGCAUCCAAAUGAAGAGUCCUUUAAAGAGAUUGCAAAAGUGGACUGCAAAGACGUUCUCGAUAUGAUAUGUAAUCUAGAAGCCGAGAGCCAAGAAAGUACUGCAUUUAUUCUUUGCACAACGUACCUCACUCAGCAGCUUCAAACUGGAAAUGUAUACUGCUCUUGGGAACUGACUUUGUGUUGGAGCAAAUUGCAAAGAAGGAUUGACCCAUCUUUAGACUCCUUCCUGGAGCGAUGUCGGCAAUUUGGCAUUAUUGCGAGAACGUUGCAGCACUUGUUCUUUCUUAUAAGAGUCAUACAAGCUGAGGCAGAAGAAGCAGGCCUGGCUGUAUCUGUUUUGUUAUGCGUAAGAGCCCUGCAACUCAGAUCAAAUGAAAAUGAUGAAAUGAAGACCUCUGUAUGCAAAACAAUUGCAUGCCUUCUACCAGAAGAUCUUGAAGUCAGAAGAGCAUGCCAGCUCACUGAAUACUUGCUUGGCCCAAAGGAAGAAGGAUAUAAUCUGCUUGAGGAGCUCUACCUGCUACCAGAUCAAAAGUUUGAUGAAGAAAAUGCACCUGUUCCAAACUCACUCCGUUGUGAGCUCUUGUUGGCUUUAAAAGCUUAUUGGCCAUUUGAUCCAGAAUUUUGGGAUUGGAAGACACUGAGGCGGCAUUGUCUUAAAUUGUUAGGAAAACAAGUUUCUGAGUCAGAGGACGACCUGAGUUGUAAUGAGAUGUCAUUCAAUGAGACUGAACUGUUAGAUAGUCUCCUAAGUGACUGUGAAGAAGGCAAGGAAGAAGGCAGGUUUGAAGGCAUAAAUCAGCCAAAAAUGAGAGUGAGGAUCAAAAAGCCAAUUGGUUCCUCAGAGAGAUACCAGCGAUGGCUUCAGUACAAGUUCUUCUGUGCCAUUUGCAAAAGGGAGUGCAUUGAGGCCAGAAUACUUCACCAUUCUAAGAUGCAUAUGGAAGGCAGUCUUUUUACAUGCCCAGUGUGUAUUAAAAAGUUCAAAAGUAAGGAUGUCUUUGUGCGUCAUGUGAUGGAGCAUGUAAAAAUGCCUCCUAGUGGAAAACACCGUGCAAAGAAAAAGAUGCUGAUAAAGAAAGAAAAAUUGGCAAACAGUAGACUGUCAAGGUUUGCUUCUCCAGCACUUGUAGAAAAACAGCCUUUGAAAAUAAUGCCGCGUGAAAAGCCCAAGAUAAAUCCUCAAGACUAUGUCACAUUUAGCAAACUAGAAGACUGCCACCUGCAAGACAGAGAUGUAUAUCCAUGUCCAGGCACAGACUGUUCCAGAGUUUUUAAGCAGUUCAAGUACUUGAGUGUUCAUUUAAAAGCAGAACACCAAAACAAUGAUGAAAAUGCAAUGCAUUACUUGAACAUGAAAAACCGGCGUGAGAAGUGUUCGUAUUGCAGGCGACAUUUUAUGUCAGCGGUCCAUCUGCAGGAACAUGAGCAAGUGCACACUGGACCUCAGCCUUACAUGUGUGUGUCUGUGGGUUGCUAUGCUAGGUUUAACUCUGUCAAUGAGCUGCUACAUCACAAGCAGCAGCAUGAUGAUCUGCGUUAUAAAUGUGAGCUCAGUGGCUGUAAUAUUUUUUUCAGUGACUUAGGACAACUCUACCAUCAUGAAGCCCAGCAUUUUAGAGAUGCAUCAUACACUUGCAAUUUCCAAGGCUGUAAAAAGUUUUACUAUUCCAAAAGUGAGUUUACAAAUCAUCUAUCGAUGCAUAUUUCAAAUGGUGAAAUGAAGGAGAUACCAAUUAAACACGAGGAUCCUGUUUCCAGGGACAAUCAUGCCUGUCUUUCCGAUUCUGCAGUGGUUGAACAAAAAGAUCCUCCCCAUCUCAGUGAGAGUCCUAGUUUGCCUCCUGGAUCUACAAAUUCAGAAGGAACCCUGAUGGUUAAGCAAGAGCCUUUGUCUGAUGAAGAGGUAGAUGGCAAAAGUAAUGGUAGUGUGGGAAGCAAUAUCGCAUCCUUAACCAAUGAGAAUGAGGUGGCUUUACUAACUGAAACAGUGGAUUGUGGUCAGGCAGCUCCUAGUGCUGUAUUACCUCAUGAGAAGGUCUUAUGUCCAUCCAAUUUAAAAGAACGGUAUUCUAAUGUGGCUGUCUAUUUUGAUGGGAAAAUGUUUACUUGUGGCUUUGAAGGCUGUGGAUCAACAUACAACAAUUCAAAGAGUAUGCAGAAACACCUUCGAAGGGCUCAUCCAUACCAUUUCAAACCUAAAAGGAGGCAUAGCCUAAAGGCUAAAGAUACUGGUCAGUUCAAUGAAAGCCUGCAUAAUAGCUCUGCUGGAGAAAUUGACUCAGAGCUCUACAAUCAUUCAGAUACAAAUGCGGAUUCUCCAGGCAUUUUAGAUGGUAAUACAAGCCCUAAUGACAAAUGCUUUUUAAAAGACGAACCUUGUCCUUCUUCUCCGGAAACAUCCUUUUGUGAAUAUGCUAAAGCACGAAGUACAGAGGAUGCAAUGUUGGAGCUUCUCUUGGGCUUAAAGCAUUUAAGUUUAACAAAUUCUAGUGGCCGAUUUGGAAGUUCUUCCAGAUUGCUGCAGUCGUACUCAUCCAAGGGCUCCAACUCUGAAGAUGAAUCUACCUCAGACCAUUUUCUUGAAGAGCAUCGAGGCAAGCUACCAAAUCAAUAUCUUACUCAGUUGGCAGCCAAACCAUUUUUCUGUGAGCAUCAAGGUUGCAGUUGUGAAUUUGUGACCAGAGAAGCGCUAUUGACACAUUAUGUUAGAAAACAUAAUUAUUCAAAAGAGAUGGUGCUUCAGUUGAACAUGUUUCAGUACCGCUAUUCACCUUUUAAAUGUCAUAUUUGCCAAAGAUCAUUUACAAGGAAAACACAUCUUAGAGUUCAUUAUAGAAACAAGCAUAAACUUGGCAAUAUGGCAGCCACUCAAAAACUGUUUGCAAAUGAAAGUUUUGAGGAUGGUGAUUGCGUGGAGGAUAUGCUGAAUAGCAGUGCGGCUUCAAUGUCAUCCUUUUACGCCAAUACAGAGGAAGAACUUGAUGGCCAAAGUAAACUUACUGAUGAACAACGGUGUCAUUCCAAGAAGGGGGAGCUCAGUUCUGAAACAGAUCUGGAAUCUAGUGAAGAAGGAGAGAGUUGUGUAAGUGAGAAACAGUCUAAACUCUCCACAUUGGAAAGCCACCGAAAAGGACUAGAAGCACGAGAGGGGAGGGGAAGUAAAAGAACAGUUGCCAAAGGAAAUCUUUGUUACAUUUUGCAUAAAUACCACAAACCAUUCCAUUGUGUUCAUAAAAAUUGCAGUUCUGCAUUUACUAAUCAGAAAGGCUUGAUUCGUCACUAUAGAACUGUACACCAGUAUAACAAAGAGCAACUCUGUUUGGAAAAGGACAAAGCGAGAACCAAGAGGGAACUUGCCAAAUGUAAAAAAGAUAAGACAUGUAGCAAGAGGUUUCUGUGUCCUAAAUCACUUGCUAAGCACUGCAGUGACUUUCAUGCACUUGAUCAUGGAGAAGAUCCAAAAAUGCUUUCUGAAACUGAAUCUGUUAGAUUCCCCUGUCAUCACCCUCACUGUCCAGCUGCAUUUUAUUCCUUUCACAAAUUAAAACACCAUUUGAUGGAAGAACAUUCUAAGGAGGAAGAAGUAAAUAAAGAGAUUGAAAUCCAUUGUGAUCUCAAUGGCUGUAACAGAGUUUUCACAACGUACAGCCGUUAUUGUCAGCAUGUUUAUUUUCGACAUGGUGUCAUGGGAGGUGCCAAAGAACAAAGCUGCUUGAAAGACCGGUGUCGAAGGCAUAAUGUGAGUAACAAAAGGAGACAUAUCAGUGAGAAGGUUGAGAAGAACAAUAAUAAAAACAAAGGGAAGCAAUUAUAUAAUUUCAGAACAAGAGAAGAGGCCUUGCAGAUGUGCAGAGAUAACUACGACCAGACUCAGUAUCCAUGCAUGAUUCACGGCUGUCCUUCAGUAGUAAAACUGGAAAGCAGUAUUGUGAGACAUUACAAGCGUACCCAUCAGAUGGCCAGUGUUUAUAUAGAACAGCAAUAUGAGCAGCUUGUACUUUGUGUUGAAUGCGGUACUGUGAUAAAUGAUCCUUGUUUAGAAGGGACUCAGAGUACAAAUAAAGAAGCAAAUCAUAACGCUAAACAGGAUGUGUCAUUACGCUCUGCAUAUCAGCAUGGAAGGGAGGAGUGUCUUGGUCUGAACUCUGAUUUUGAUCUUGAAGAUAAAGACAGUAAAAAUAGCAGAUGUUCUGCGAGUGACAAGCCUCCAGAAGCUGGUGUCUUAUUGUGUACAGGCACUUUAAAACAUACCCACAGUCCCAAAUCCAGAUGUUUUGAAGAACGUAGUGCAGUUGAAUCACCUCAGCAGUGUAAAACAAACUUGGGAAAAAUUCAUGGAACAUCCCAGGACAGAGAGAGCGAUGAGAGAGAGAAUAACUCUUAUUGCAUGAGGUCAGAUACAGAGUUACCAAGGGAGAAGGAUGCUAGUGAUUGGCAACCAAAUACUAGUAAGCUUCCCUUUUCUGCUCCAAAAAACAAAUUACAGAACCAGCCAGCACCUAAGCCCUUUGAUCUAAAGUCCUUCAAACCAAUGGGAUUUGAGUCUUCAUUCUUGAAAUUCAUCCAAGAAAGUGAGGCACGAGGAGAUGAUGAUGAUGACGACGACGACGAUGAAAGCAACUCUGAGCAUGAAUGGGAACCACCUGAACAACCUGAUAGAGGUGGCACGGCAGAAAAAGCUAAAGACAUUAAAAGGGAUUUGCCACAGAGCAGAGCUAAAUGUGAACAUGUCUCAGCAGCUGUGUCCAAGAAGAGCAGUGGCUCUAAAGCGCAAGGGCAGCUGAGAGGGGUACAACCUCUCUUGUCAACGGACUCUCCUAUCCCUUCUCUGGAAAAUCUGAGGGCCAUCUUGGAUAAGGCGCUUACAAACUGUGGGGACCAUGCCUUAAAACAACUGCAUUAUUUGCGACCAGUAGUUGUUCUUGAAAGAUCUAAAUUUUCCACUAAGCUCAUAGACUUUUUUCCAACAAAAAAAGCAGAUCAUCUUUGUGUGGGAAGUUCAUAAUGUUUUGUUUCUAUUUAAAAGAAAGAGAGAGAGAGAGACUGCCUCCACUACUGUUAAAUGGGGAAAUUGUUUAAUUUGGAUGUUUGCACCUGUUGUUAAAAGUUAGAUUUGACUGUACAGUCCCAUGAAUGUAUGGCAUCUGUCUAAAGCAGCAUUGGUCAGUUGAUAGAACUCCAAAGUUGUUGGACUGCAGCUCGGGCCUGCCCUAAUGGCAUGGUCAACAUUGAGGGAUUACAAGUUCUGCAGUCCAACAAGAUAUGGAGGGAUGCAGCCACCUUCUCCAUAUUCUACAGUAUUGGUUAAAACCCUGUUAUAUUAAGAGAGAGUUGAUAUUUUGGUGCUACUUGACAGAAUAUUGAAGGGGGCUGCCUCUUGCAAAGUAAAUGUGCAUGAUUGUCUAUGAAACAAGUACUUAGGGUACCAAGGUUGGGGUGGGAGGCGGGUGGGAGGAGGAAGAUCUUACUUGACUUGAAUGUGCACCUCAGGGUGCUUUGUGUAACAUAUUGUACACUACAGCAUCUUAUAUUUUUUGAGUUAUGAGUUUCAAUAAAAGGAAUUUUUUCACCCA